UACAGCCAACAGAUGUGUCCUUUUCCCACCUCUAAUCUGUCUUGAUGCAAUGCAGCUCAGUUCUCCAGAAGCACAUUUGCAUGGAAACCCAUAAGGCAACCCAUCUUUACAAGUUAACAGACAAUUAACAGAACAAUUAACAAUUACAAUAAACAGAAACCAAGUUAUUGUCACGUUGUGAUUUCCACUUAAAUGAAAAACACUAAAAGAUGGCGCAAAAGCUGAUUGGUUAAAUCAAAUCAAAUUUAUUUAUAUAGCGCUGAUGUAUAUAGUGCUGAUUCAAAUCCCGCUGCAAUUUGAUCCCUGGACUUGAAUUCAUUUGGAACCCGUCUAGGAACUCCACUAGCAUCAAGGUGUACUUCUCAAUAAACCCUACUACCGCCUGCGUGUACCCGCUGACAUCAUCAGUAAUGCGCCGGAAAAUCUGUACACGUAGCCGUUGAAGGGAAUGGCUAUAAUGAAGAGGAAAAUUGUAGCUAGCGCUGAUGAAGACAGAAAUAAUCAGUCAAAACGAGCCAAACUAGAUAUUACUAAGAAGAGACACGUAGCUGCGGUGAUUCUCGCUCGUGGCGGCAGCAAUGGAAUUCCUCUGAAGAACAUAAAAUUGCUGGCGGGUGUUCCACUGAUCGGAUGGGUUAUACGGGCAGCUAUAGACUCUGAUGUGUUUGACAGUCUGUGGGUAUCCACUGACCACGAUGAGAUUGAGCGGGUGGCAAAGAAAUGGGAGGCUCAAGUACACAGGAGGAGUGCAGAAGUGUCCAAAGAUACAACAAGCUCCCUGGAAACUAUUCAAGAGUUUUGCCGAAUGAACCCAGAGGUGGACAUCAUCUGUAAUAUUCAGGCCACCUCUCCAUGCCUCCACCCACACCACCUUAUACAGGCAGUGGAGAUGGUGACCAAACAAGGCUACGACUCUGUGUUCUCUGUCGAUCGCAGACACCACUUCCGUUGGCAAGAGGUCACCAAAGGAGAGGCCCCCGACACUAAGGCCCUGAACCUGAACCCAGCCAAGAGGCCCCGUCGCCAGGACUGGCCUGGGGAGCUCUGUGAAAAUAAAUCUUUUUACAUCGCCACCAAAAAACUUAUAGAUGAAGGAGUCCUGCAGGGAGGGAAGAUGGCCUAUUUUGAGAUACCUGCAGACAACAGCAUUGAUAUUGACAAUGACAUAGAUUGGCCUAUUGCAGAACAGAGGGUGCUCAGGUUUGGUUACUUCGGUAAGGACAAGCCAGAGUUGGUGCGGCUUCUCCUGUGUAAUGUGUUGGGCUGUUUGACAGAUGGGCAAAUCUCUCUGUCUGCAAGUGGAGACGAGAGAGUGUCCGUUAACAGCAGAGAUCUGGAUGGUAUCACCAUGCUGCAGAGAGAAGGAACAGAGGUGAUCCUUCUGACUUCCAGUGAGAACCCCACACUGGAGACUCUCACAGCCAAGUUGUCCCAGCAAACGGGCUGUGUUGUGAUGUCUCUGAAUGAGCCGAAGCAGGUGGAGGUUGAGAAACUGAUGAAGGAGAAGAGGCUAGAAUGGAAAGAGGUGGCCUAUAUUGGUAAUGAUGCAACAGAUGUGGACUGCUUGAGCCUGGCUGGACUGAGCGCUGUGCCCCUGGACACCUCUGCGAUGGCGCUCAUUGCAGCAAAGUACCAGUGCCAGAGUGCGGCGGGCCAUGGUGCGGUGCGGGAGUUCUGCGAGCACAUUCUGCACAGCCUCCAGCCAGCAGGGAAUCCUCAGUGUUCCUUCCCCUGCAGGGCCCAUGGCCGGUACCUGCCCUGGCCAAACCAGAGAUGGUCACGGCUCACCGCCGCGGAGAAGUUUUCCAGACGGCGAUGGUGGUGGCAGCAGCGACGGUGGUGGAUGGUGUCAGCGGUGGUGGCGCAAUGA